AAAAAAACACGAGGGAAACCCUAGAAAGAAAGAAAGAUAGAAUCACCAUUUUCAACAACGCUGCUUCCGCGGUGGCGUAAGGAGAUGGAAGUGGAGGACGAAGACGACGAAGUGAAGAAGGAUAAGAAGCUGAUAGCUGAAACGAUUGAAGUGUUGAACAAUUUCUUCAAAACCGUUUCAGACACAAAGACUGCCGUCACCGCCGAGGAACGAAGGGUGAUCUCGUCGGCUUUCGUGAAGAUGAGCGCUAUCCGUUGCGCUGUCCGUCGCAAUCCACCGCCCGCUGCGGCGGAUAUCAGAGAGUGCAGAUCGAAAAUGGAGAAAGAGAUCUCUGGAAUCUGUAAUAAGCUCUCAAAUCUCACCAUCAAGGAUUCCUAUCGCCGUCAUCUUCUUCGCCUCAAAUCCUCCCCCUCCUCCACUUACCAGGCUUCAAUAAUGCACCAAGGCACAAGGAAGCAGAACUCUGUAAAGGCUCAACAAUUGCAGCAGGGCACUAGUAUUACCAAGGAAAACUACUUGGAGAAACUCAUCCUAGAGAGGAAGGAUUACGACGAAACAGCCCGUUUCAUAGAAACGUCUUUACGCAUGCACACCACCAAAGAGGAUAGGGAUGUUCUCCUCAGAGCAUACGGGAAGUUCAUUAAAGUUGAUAUUAUGUUGCAUGAUCUCAUCAGAUCAAUCAAGGAUUCCAAUGAAACUCAGGGAAAAGAUCUUAACGUGCCACAUUUGAUCAGCAACUACAGAUCCAUAAUUGUGAAGGAGCUUUCCGAAUGCGAUAAGCUGUCUAAUCUGACAAUUAAGGAAGCUUAUCUUCACCAUAUUUAUGAGUUCAAAACACAAGCCAAACCCAAAAAGUAUACCCAGAGGUUUAUCAAUCAGGAAGAGACUCCAGAUAUCUUCUUCAAGAUGAAAGGUGGGUCGUCUUCUGGAGGCUCCAAAUCACUGAACAGCAUAAACAAGCAGCCACACAUUCAUGAAGAUUUUGACAAGGAUGACUAUUAUGACCACAACAAGUGUAUCGAGGAGGAAAGAGAAAGACGUGUUCCACGAUUUGGUCAAAUUGGUAAUUGGGACCCUAUAAAUGGAGCAAUAGGAGCAGAUCUUUUGCAUGCUCCUGUAAAUCAUUCAGUAAAGCAGGUGGAACAUCAGACUUAUUAUGAUAUGAUGAGAGAGGCAUGUAAGCCUCAUGAUACAUUUCCGAAGUAUUAUGUGGCUUGCUAUGAGCUUUUUGAUGACUUUUAAGAAAGAAAAUUGUGUGGUUGUAGGUGAAGCAGAUCAUGCAUGGAUAUUUAGAUCUUAUGUCUUUGUAUCGAACUAUGUGUAGUCCUAACUUGUAUCUUGACAAAACAGAUGUUUUAUGGAUACAAUAAUUUUAUGCAUGUUUUAUUUUAUGGUCAA